CCCCUUUCUCGCUGCUUGGGAGCGGCGGUUGGUAGUCCCGUGUCCUGUCUGUACGGAAGCGCGGGGAGCGAAUGGUUUCGUCCGCCCCGCAAUAGCCUCCAGGAUCCAGUGUGCGCUGAUGUGACAUCUCUAGCAAAGAACGUAUUACGGUAUCACAUUGAGUGGGAACGAGCUGUCACCAAGGAUUUUGACAUUGGACUUGCACAACAACAACAACAGAAAUAAAGUUUUGAUUACUAGUAUGCUGAAUGCCCCUCUUACCUGAGCCCUUUGGGGACACUAGGCAUAUUGUACUGAAGUAGUUCUGAAUUACUGUAAUGUGCAGGUGGCCUUAAACUUAUUACAGACAAGACCCUCUGGGAAGGGAAAAAGAGGUACACCUGCCAAUUGCUGCUACAGUGGCUGAUCACAAAGCUUUGUUGGAUACAGGUGGAAAAGUGGCUAGCUCUGGAAAUGCUGGUUACUUCCCAGAUAAUGGCGAAGAUGGUAAGAAGAAGGUGUGCAUUUUGUCCCGAGGGUGAGGAAUGUUCUAUAAUGUACAUCUCGGAGGAGCAAAACCUUGCAGUUCAUCAAGACUGUUUGCUAUAUUCCUCAGGAUUUGUGGAAUCUGAAGAGUACAACCCAGAUAAUCUUGAUAUAAGGUUUGAUGUAGCUUCAGUGUUGAAUGAAAUCAAGAGAGGAAAGCGGCUGAUGUGCAACUUCUGUCGCAAAAAAGGAGCUACUGUAGGCUGUGAGGAAAGAGCCUGUCGCCGAAGUUACCACUACUUUUGUGCACUGUGCGAUGAUGCAGCAAUAGAAACUGAUGAAGUAAAAGGAAUUUACCGGGUGUUCUGUCCAAAACAUGACCCAGGCAAUAGGAACAAUCACUAUGGAAAGGUCAGCUCCCAGACUACUGCACUGGACAGCACAGUUUGGGGAGGAGAUGCAGUCAGUAGGAGGAGAAGGCAGUCAAUGAUAUCUUCCACCAUCAGGGAAGCAAUGAGCACAGAGGAAACAGCAGAAGAGAAUAGUUUACGAGUUCUAAGGAACAAUAACAGACACAAAGUAAGAAUAGAUUUUCUUCGGAAGUGCAAGCGGGCCGGGCUUCUGGAUGAUAUAUUCGAAGCAAUGCUUGACACACUUCACCUUGCACAGGAAAAACUCAUGGAUGAUAACACUUCAGAAACAGAGUAUGAGGAAACUGUAACAUCACUUUUUGAAUGUGGCCUGUUUGAAAACAUACUUACAAAUGCUCAUUCAGGGACAGAGGAAAAGAUUCAGGAACUUCUUGAAACCAGGAAAAGGCUGGAUACUCAGAUUGAACUGCUGCAAGAGUUAAAAGAAGAAGUAGUUCUUCCUGUUCAGGAAAACAGAGCCAGUGCAUCUAGUUCAGUGUCUGAAUAGCCAUGAAGUCUUAUAGUAGUGGCUCCAAUCAAGACUUUGUUUUUUAGGUGACAGAAGUUACAGGGACCAUUUGGACAAUGACAGGGACACUAGCAAAAACUGGUUGAUUUACUUUAUUAUCAUUUUUUCUUUAAAUACCUCACUGUUGCAAUAACAUUUUAGUUGACCCUUUAAUUUUUACUGUGGCUCAAUGAGUUACUUAGCUUUUUAAAAAAAGAAAGGUAAAACAACCCUUCCAUAAAAGAUUUUUUGCUUGUAAAAGCUCUGGCCUAGAGCCCCUUAACAAUUAGCUGCUAUAGACCACUCUUUACAGUCAUUAUGGCAGCCUCCCUUCAGAUCACGUAUCACUGAUUUUUUGCUGUCUGCUUAUAGGCAGCAAACAAUGAGAUUAAGUUGUUUUAAAGACUAUUUUGCUGCUUUGGCUUCCAAAGAGGGAAUAUUGGCAAAACUUGCACUUGAAGAAGCAUUUUGAAUCAUAAAUAGGAGUUUUUAUUAAAUGUUUUCCUCAAUUUACAGUGUUAAUGUUCAAGUCGUAGUUUAUAACUUCAGUGCUGAGAGAUUAUGUCAGUCAUUUGCAGACUGCCAAGGAUAGCUGGUUCUUAUUCACUGACAGACAUGUACAGUUUAAGACUAUGUCAAAUAACAUGUUAUCAUCCUUUAUGAAUUCGGAACAUUUUUGGCUUCCAUUCCUAUAUUAAAAUUGUUUGAUUACAGAAAAAGUCACUGUUUAGCUACAAAACGGGAAAAAAUGGAAAAAACUUGACAAUAAAGUGUUUUUGUAAAACAA